GUUUCAGUACCACCCAGAAUCUACUAUGAUAGAUGAGUUUGGCGAUUUCUUUGAUCGCAGUGGCUAUCGCUACCAGUUACGUGGAUCCAGCGUUGCCUACAAAGUUCACCGAAACAAUACUAAUGUCACAGUUCUUCAUAAUGUCCAGUUAACAGCCAAAUUAACUGACAAUCGUAGCAUACGUACGGCAGAUGCAGAAAAGGUGGCUGAAAAGAUAUAUCAAAUGCUAUCGAUGGAAGGUGCAGUUUUCUCGAAACAUAUUGAAGUGAUCGCUUCUUGACUUUCCUUGAGCCUUUUACGGUCUGAGUGAAUCCGUUACGCCUGAUCUCUACGGUUCUUUGCGUGGUUGUACUUGUAACUGAACGUGAAUGUAUAGCCAAUAUUUAAGCUCUGAAUGCAUUAACUGAGUCCUCGUCAUAUUUUGAGUUCCAUGGUAAUUUUUCG